AUGCCCCCGCCACUAUCCAACAAGACCAACAGAGGCUACGUGCCUUUACCCGUUUGUCCCGCCUCCAGCAAAUUUCGACCUCCAUCGGACAGGCAUAAGGAGAACGACGGGAAGGGUUGUCAUUCCUCGCGCGCUUCUGAAGAUGAUUCCGACGCACCCGAGCCAUUCUUCGCUCCCCAGGGCGAGAGCAUCAAGUAUUUCGCGAAAAAGCGUCCUGCUCCGCUCCUGAGGGAGCUGCCGUCCUUCAAGAAGCUAGAUUUUCAUACUGACUUGUUUUUCCCCCUCUCUCCGGCGAAACACAUGCUGCUGAAGUCCAGGCUUCUUGAAUUCAACAGAAAGGUGGCGAGAGUCCUGUUCCGGACCUGGAUUGUUAGUGUUCUCGAGAAGAAGGGGAUGGGAUAUAGGGAGUGGCGUAUAUACGUCCAGUGCCACAAGGCUUUGACAGCCUGCAGUGACAUAAACAAAAACAAUCUCCCGCCCAAGAGCCUGGAGAAGUUCCGGCUAAUGGGCGUCGAGCCCGAGGAUUUUGAUGACGAAGCCUGGAUGCCAGGAGCCUUCGAGGCUCCUACCCAAAUCUCGAAACUGACGUUUGAAGAGCGGAAGGAGCGGCUGGUCCGCAAGUUAGUCGCUGCCUUCCUAGUCGGUGUCGAGAAGCGAGCUGAGGAAUGCGAGCACCUGGAAGAGCAGGCUAGCUUUCGGGAGCAAGAGCAAGGCAUCAAAGAGGAGAGGGAUACCUCCUCAGCUGCUGAGAAGGGAGGCGAUGUCAUAGCUGACGCUGGAAAUGAUGCAGCGGAAGGCGAAGACGACAGUGAGGUCCAGAGCACAGACAAAACCGUCGGUAGCGACGAUCCCAUUGAUGCCACCGAGGUCGUCGAACAUGUUGCAGAAACGCCCUGCUGCCCCGAUGACUCUUCAGAGAGACCUCCAUCUGUCUCCCGUGAAGAGAUCAGUGUCGCCCAAUCCCCCGCCGUGGCUACCGGAGACUCCCUCCCAUCCUCACCGUCACCUGCGCGAAGCUCACCGCUCCGCGAGCUCGGCCAACUCUCACCUUGCACGCUGGAGGACGACGCCCCUGAGCGUUCCCUCGAGCCUAUUGGCGUGCCGACUACCGAGGAGGCGGAGGGUCCCGAACAAGACCCGUCAGCAGCGCCGACCGCGACUGUCGAGCGGGCGCCUUCCUCGACGCCCUCUCCACCGACUUCGCCUGGUCCACAGGUCAAAGUCGAACCUUCCGAGCAGGAGCUGCUGCCGCCAGCACACCACAUGCAGCAUCCCAGCCAGGAGGCAACAUCUUGUGAGCAGGGAGCAGAGCACCCGCAACCGACGACCGCCCGAGGACCACCGCCGGAAUCCUUCGCCUGUCUCGCCGUCGGGAUGGGACGAGCCCCGCGCGACGGCUUUGAGUGCGAAGUCUACACCGAAGGCCUCGCGCGCGCCUACGCGCAGAUCCUAGCCCGGGAGAACCUCGCGUCCGACCUCGAAGAGCGCGGUAUCGAGCUCCCGCACAUCGAGGACGACGGCAUGCCCAAGCCGCGCAUGGGCAACAUGUGGGCGCUCGAGCACGACGCCUACCAGGCGGUGUACGCGAACGCGUUCGCGGAAGUCCUCGCGCAAGAGGCGCUCGAGGAGGCGGAGGCGGUGGAGGAUUAG